AUUUUAUAAAAAGGACUUUCAGACUUGAGGCAGAAGCCGUGCAGUGAAGAAGGCGAAUAGCGAAGUGAGUAAAGAUUGGAAAAAUGCUCCAGUACCAUUUGCGAUCGUUUAGGAGGUUUUUGAUCGUGUUGUUUCUGUUCUCUACGCUAAUGAUUCUCGUGAACACAACAGUCUUCUUCGGCGAUACUGUUUUCUCGUCAAUGGCAUCAUUAAACCCCAACCAGACUACCGACAAAACGGAAAACAUCGGCAUCAAUUAUAAAAAGACUGUCGUUAAAAACCGAAAGUUCCGUCAACUGAGAUUCAGCCCAGCGAAACGUUUUAUUCGUCGACCUUGGCCAAACACACCGGAUUGUUCCAACUUCACCAUCAGACGGACGAUGACAAACAGUUUACCACCGGUGGCUCUCGCUAGUUUUCCCGGUAGUGGAAACACUUGGGUCCGCGGUCUAAUUGAAGCAGCCUCGGGGAUUUAUACCGGAAGUAUUUACAAAGAUGCCAAUCUUUAUCUUCACGGUUUUUGGGGUGAGCUUGCAGACUGGAACGCUGGCGUGACAGUUGCGCAGAAAACUCACGAUUCCGGUGCAGAUCACGUCCGAUCUUUUUCGGGAGGCCGAAGUAUUUUCCUCAACCGCAAUCCUUACGAAGCCAUUUUGUCGUUUCAUAACUUCCUUUAUGGUGGCCACGUUGGACAUGCCUCGUCGGCCAAUUUCCGUCGAUCUGAAUGGCCGGAUUUCUUGAUGGAUCAAACAAGACGGUGGCUCAGCACCGCCGUUAACUGGACCCAAUAUUCAACGGAGCUGCUGAGCAUUCAUUACGAGGACCUCAGAAAGGACCCACGACCGCAGCUGCGUCUCAUCUUAGAAUUUCUGCAGCUUCCGGUCGACGAAAGACGAUUGGACUGCAUAGAGAAAUAUCCGCCAAAGAAAUUCCAUCGAAAAAACCGAUUCGGCGAAGAGCUGGAUGAAAAUGCAAUCUUUCCCGAGCGGAUGAGACAUGUUUUAGAUCGAGCAAUUCGAUACGUCGACUAUCUCACUCAACAGACGGGCAAUCGGGGUUUACCGCUUGACAACUACAGCUAUUACAACCAGUCCAGCUGGAAAGGAUCUCAGCCGGCUAGGACAGUGCCAAAUCAAACGUGGAUCGAGUGGAUCUCGGAUCAAUGGGGCUUCAGGGUCGAGUCUCUGCUGAAAGACCCGCUGACCCAGAUGCUUCGAGACGAAGCCGAAGCGAACAUUUUCUAUAGCUGGAAUAUUCCAUUCGCAUCCGCCUUUAACGAAUCGAAAGAACUGGAGCGGGACUUCAACUCCGGGCCACCGCUUUUUAUCCAGCAGUUUCGGCACGCAAAAUUUCCACCCAAAUGAUCCACUCGAAGUGAAUGUCACGGAGAACCCUCUCUUCCUGUAUUGCCUAAUGCCUACCUCACUGCAGUACUUUCGUGAUGGAGAAUUGAUUGAAUUACCCCAGGAGAAAAAAAAAGUGCUCCCCAACUCUAUUGCGCAAAAGCCGACGAAUGAAAUAAGAAAUAACCUAAUGAGUGUAUGAUUAAAUUUUUUUUUUUUUUUUGUGACGGAGAAAGUGUAUUGAUUCAAUAAGGAGACAUGUUGAUCAACAUCAAAAAGAAAAAAAAAGCCUAUGUCUGUAAAGUCAGAGCUAUAUAUAUAUACCAAUAAAAAUCCGGACAUACCAAUGGAGAAAAGAAAAGAGAGCACUUCCCUACACCCUUCGCCCUUGUGUCUGUGUUCAAACUAAUUCCGUAAAAAAAAAAAUUAAAAAAAAUAAAACAGGAGACAAGAAAAAUAUCAUUACAAAUAGGCCAAUAUGAUUUUGAACCGUUUCGGGAGUGAAAAAGAACACAAUCAAUUAGCCGGUACCAAUAAUUCGAAAUACAAAAAGACAACAAAAGAAGUUGAAGACUACAAGGUAAAAGGGGGGGGGGGUAGUUAUAAAGAGCUGGGAUCAAGAAAUGAAUUGACGACACGGAGAGAAAAAGAUGAAAGAGAAAAACAAAGCAGAAAAUCGAUCUAGUACACGAGAGAAAAAUAGAAUAAAGGCCGGAGAAUAGAAAAUAUAAAAAAAAGAGGAAGAGAAAACAAUCGGAUGAAUAAUUGAAAGGAGCACAAACAAAACACUGAUGACAUAACCGGUUGUUCACGACAAAUUUUUCAUCAAAGAGAAUCAAACAUAAAAAUGGGUUGAUUUUUGUUUUUCUUUCAAAACGGGUUUUCAUGGCAGUAGUUUUUUUGACGGAACUCGAUUAUCGAGAGAGCAGAAGAAUAAAAGAGAUGAAUUUAGAAGCCAGGGCGGAAAAAAAAAAAUUAUUAAUUCAAAGUAGAUUUUUUUUUAAAGAAUGACAAGCCAUUUGGUCACGAGCCGAAGUAAAAGAAAAUAAGAAAAGGGUUAGAGGGCAAUUUCGUCUUCUCUCCAGUUUUAAUGAGCGCUCUGGAUGGGUAUAAUAUCUUUGUUGUUAUUUUGUUUGUUUAACUUGAAAAUCCCAUCAGCCGUCGCUAAUAAGAAUAAAUGUAUAAUAUCCAUCUGCUCAAAAGACACCAAAGGUUGACUAGCUUAGUAGUAGAGUUACUAUUUUUUUCUUGCCUCUUAACCUUGUUUUUUUUGUUUGUUUGUUUGUUUGUUUGUUUGUUUGUUUGCUUGUUGGUUUAGAACAAACACACGCUUAUAUCAUUAGGGAGAGAGAGAGCAAGGAUUCAAAAGGAAAUUUCGGGCUGAAAGUAUAAUGGGAGGACUACCAGUUUGAAACACGAAUUAGCCCAGUUCUAAUGCACCUGUCAAUUGACUAACGGAAACGAAUGGAGUCGGAGAACACAAGACGGAACCCAUGUACACGAAGACACACAACCGAGGUGUUGUUUUGUUUUCAAUGAUUACACAAGAGAAGCGAGGACAUAAUUAAUUAGUUACCAAGUGACACGGAAUUGAAGAAAACCGAAAAAUUUGCGGGAGAAGAAUGUAAGGGGGGACGAGAGACGAACCAGUUUUGCAUCACUAAUCAACAUUAAUGUAAAUAUAUAGAAAGAGAGUGGAGUUGGUAGGACACUAAUUAAAAAAAAAAAAAAACUAAUAAAAAAAAAUGAAAAAACAAAUCAAUAUAUCAUGAUACAAAAAAAAACAAAAAGACGAAACGGCUGAUCAAAUUUGAGCCUCUCGCCCAACACAUUUUUUUUUCUUUUUCACGGCAAACAAAAUGUGAUUUUCCCCUUUCCUACAAAAUGGGAGGCCGGGAGGAUAAUUUUCUUAUAUCUUUCACUUCUUUUGUUCAAUUAGAGGCAAAUAGAUUUGAAUAUAUCUAAAUAAUACAAAAUGCUUGUCAUGGCAAUCGCCGAGUACGAAACGAGUGGAUUAGAAAAUAAAAGGAGAGAGUGAGCCUGAUGAUGAAAGAAGGAAAUAAAAAACAAGAAAAAAUGGACGAGCCGAAAUGAAAGAAAACGCCGCAAAUGGCGCAGAGUUUUAAAAGAAAAGAGUCUUAGCAUUUUUUUUUUUUUUUUUUCAAAGAAGGAAUUCGGAUUGAAGAAAAAAAAAAGAAUCCCAUCAGUUUUGUGUCGAUCAAUUUCUGACUUUUUUCCAUCCGCGGUGAUACAGAAGGAGUGGGCCAAAGAAAACCCUGCGAGGAUUCCAAAUGUUUCUGACACUUCAUUCCCCGCCGAUCAUCAUUCGCUUCUUUGCAAUCUUGCAAAUGCAGUUAAACGCAUUCUCUCGUGAAGCUGGUAGGAGAAGAUGGAGCGCACUUUGGGUGUUUCUUCAUUCGAUCUUUCAUGAUAUAUCUUUCGGAUUUCAUCUCUCUCUCUCUCUCUCUCUCUCUCUCUCUCUGGCUGACUCGUCCACGUACAGAUGACAAGACGACAAAAGAGACAGGAAAAGAAUCAAAAUAUGAAAUGAAAGUAAAA